ACUACACGUAGUAGUCUCGAGCUGGCGCCGUAGUCACCACUGACACCACGUAGUAGUCUCGAGCUGGCGCCAAAGUCAUCACGGGAUGCAAUCGGGAUGGCCACGAGAUGUCGCCGGUGUGCAGUCCGUGAAUUUCAGGAAACGGACAUGAACAUGGGUUGGUCCCGUGGUGUUUCCUAGGUGGCCACGGAUUACUCACGAAGUAAAAACGGGUACCACGAAAUAAAGACGUGCUGGUAUAAAAAAAAAAACGACCAAAAACGGAGACCACGGAUACUGCUGAAAACAAUUGCAUUUCCGAAGUGACCUCGCACUGUUCUUGGAUUGGUGUGAGAGGGGCAUUAGCAGUCGUAUCUCCAUCUGUUAUCUUUAGACUUUGUUCGGCUACCGACACCACUAUUUGUGCAAGUGUAUUGAAAUUGCACUGACCUACUUUAAAUCUACAAUGCACACCCACUUAACUGACCUAGGCCUGCACAAUGAGGCUACGUUAUUGUAGAGAAAUCUUCAGCCAUUUGGUCCCAUAAUAUUAUUAGUCAGGCUGGCAAAGUUCACAGAUUGGCCAAAAGGGUUUUCGAAAAAGCAAGAAGCCAGAAUGAGUAAGAAGGUAGCUAUCAUCGGAGCGGGUGCCAGUGGCAUCACAGCAAUCAAGUGCUGCUUGGAUGAGGGUCUCCAAGUCACGUGUUUUGAGAGAUCGGACCGGAUUGGUGGGCUCUGGGCUUACCGUGAAGACGUUGACGGCCAAGGCUGCGUCUUCAAGUCCACCAUCAUCAACACCAGCAAAGAGGUGAUGUGCUACAGCGACUACCCCAUCCCCAAGGAGAACCCCAACUACAUGCACAACUCCUACAUUGAGAAGUACUUCCUGAGCUACGUGGACCACUUCGAUCUGAGACGCCACAUCCAGUUUCGCACCGAGGUUGAGAAGGUCACGCAGGCUGCUGACUACGACACGACUGGCCGAUGGAAAAUCACCACCAAGAAUCGAGACAGCGGUGAGAGUACCACUGAUCACUUUGAUGCUGUUAUGAUCUGCACCGGGCAUCACACAACCCCCAACAUCCCCGACUUCCCUGGCUUGAAGGAGUUUCAGGGAAAGGUACUCCACACCCAUGAUUACAAAACUCCCUACGAUUUGAUCGACAAGCGAGUUGUCGUUAUUGGGAUCGGUAACUCUGGAGGGGAUGCAGCAGUGGAACUGAGUCGCAUCUCAUCAAAGGUCUUCCUGAGUACAAGGAGUGGGGCUUGGGUCCUCAAUCGUGUCGCUGAUUAUGGCAAUCCCGUCGAUACUGUGAUAUUGAGGCGGUUCGGUGACCUUGUCCCCUUCAAACUGCAAACCUUUUUGGCAAAGAGGCAGCUUCAGGCUAAGUUUGAUCACGCCAAAUACGGAUUGCAGCCCAAGUGCGAUCCUUUCCAUCAUCAUCCCUUUCUCAGCGACGACCUCCCGAAUCGCAUUUUGAGUGGUGCGGUCGUCGUCAAGCCAAACAUCGCCCGCUUCACUGAAACAGGGGUUAAGUUCGUGGACGGGACUUUUGAGGAUAACAUCGACUGCGUCAUUCUCGCCACUGGAUACUCGUUCAGUUUUCCGUUCGUGGACUGCCCUUCCUUCCAUGUCAUCAAGAAUGAAGUGUCGCUUUACAAGUACGUCUUUGCCCCAGACCUGAAGCAUCCAAGCAUCUGUACCAUUGGUUUGGUUCAGCCUGUCGGGGCCAUCAACCCAUGCUCCGAGAUCCAGAGCCGUUGGGCGGCUCGUGUCUUCACUGGCCAAGCACGCCUUCCGUCUCGUCCGGAGAUGGAAGCAUCUAUCAAGAAGGCGAAAGAUGACAUGAGGAAGCGGUACGUGAAAUCCCAACGUCACACCCUCCAGGUGGACUGGAUCAAGUACAUGGAUAGCGUCGCCAUCGAGUUUGGAGUCAAGCCAGAUUUCUUGAAGAUGUUCCUCUCUGACCCGUUUCUGGCUGUCCUGUGCUAUUUUGGGCCCUGCUCGCCUUACCAGUAUCGCUUGGUGGGACCGGGGAAAUGGGUGGGAGCCAGGGAAGCCAUUAUCACCUUCUGGGAUCGAGUUCACGCACCUCUGAAGACACGCCUCCCUGCUGUCCAAGAGAAGACUGGGACGCCACUGCUACUGCGCCUUGGUUUGGCAUUCCUUUUGCUAUACAUUGUUGUAUACAUGGUCUUGUAAACCUCUAUAACAUUAUUUCAAUAGUCAGAAUCUUCGUAAACUUUAUACCUCAGGAUACCAGGCAAAACUUUCCACUAUUGCAUAUCAGCUGCUACAAAACCGGCUGCAUCUUUUCCAAACUGCUUCCUCGAGGACCAUAUUUUACCAAACAUGCCGCUUUACAGAAACAACACUGCUAUAUUAGAUAGACCUUUCCUACCCCAAGUAUCAAAGUAUUCCGCUCAAUUUCAUGCCAUGUUUGUUUUUGACAGUCAUGGACGCACAUGCAAGUUCUGAUGCUUGCCCACAUGAUCAUACUGAGAAUUAACACUCUGGAAUUUCGUCGUGAACCUUGUCGAUGAAUAAAACUACAAAUGGCUUAUUUUCUCCCUGAUGGGUUCAGUUGAAUUGAUGAAGAGACUGACGCAAGCUCAGUAGAGAGUGUCUGUAUUUUUGUCUGUUGUAAGGAGUGACGCACGUCGAUAUAACCCUAAAUGCUAAAUGCAGUAUGCAUGCCCUAGAUCAUCACAAUAUACGAGAAUAUUGCCUAUCUAGUUGCAGCUCUUUUAAAUUUGUUGUAAACCGCUGUUCAUGUUUUACAAAGCAAUGUUUCGGAAACUGAGGGUUUAUCGGAACAUGUUUCCCAUUACGUGUACAUCGUCAGUUUUCCCUUGCUCUUCAGUGAGUUUGUCCUCCUCAUCAGCUACCCACUGAUGAAAAAGCUGAACCUUUUUUUCCGCAACCGUUCCUAAAACUUCAAAUAAGCUUCUAGAAAUCCCUUUCAUUUCGGCACUCUCGCACUUUUGUUUCCAAACUAUAGGCCUAAGACAAGUGGAUAUUUUGGUAAUAUUUCGCAUAUAGAUCCGCUCCAUUGAUGA